UAAGACGCAAACCCCCUGCUUCAUCCUCCUCACCAGAGACGACCCUUUUCUCAAAUACUUCCUAAAGACUCCACUUCGCUCUCAACCAUCUAAGGAAAACACAAAUGCAGCUAAUCUUUGCCACUGCUCUUCUUCUCUUACUGUCCCCCGCCGCCGGCGUAUCCCCUUCUCCAUCAUCCACCGUACCCGCCUUCCCCCUCGCCGGCAGAAACCGCUCCGCCGCCGCUUCCGCCUGCCAACUCGACCUCUCAUCCGAGAUGUUCGGUGGCGUCGAAGAAGCAUGCGGCCACGGUGCGAACCCCGACCGCAGCCGCUGCUGCCCCGUUCUCGCCUGGCUGUUUGCUGCCCACGCUCGCUCCGCCCUCCAAUUCCGACCGUCUUCGCCUCCGUUGGACAGCGCUGAAGACUCGCUUCCAAUGAUGCCGGAGACUGAGUCACAGCAGUGCGCCUAUGCGUUACAGAGCUCUCUCGCCGCUCGUAAUAUUAGCUUUCCGCGGCCUAACGCUACCUGUGAUGCCGUGCUCUGUUUCUGCGGAAUACGGUUGCAUGAGAUGGGGUCGCUGUUUUGUCCGUCAGCCUUUAUUGUUUCCAGCGGAGGAGAUGCUGACGGCGAUAGAGUCAAGCCGACAUCCGGCCUCCGCGCUCUUGAACGUAAUUGCCGCAAUGCAUCUCACUCCGGUUGCACACGAUGCCUUGGCUCCCUGGAGAAGCUGAAGGGCGGCGGCGGUGGUGAGAGGGUGGAGAAGAUGAUGGACAGAGAUUGCCGGCUUAUGGGGCUGACGUGGCUACUGGCGAGGAAUAAGUCGGCCUAUAUCCCAACGGUGUCGGCAGUUUUGAGGGCUAUUUUGUACAGCGCGCACCCGCCGACGCCGCCCUACCGAUGCAGCUUAGACCGGGAGAACAUGCCGCUCGCCGCCGACUCACUCCACUUCGAGCGCGCCGCCUUGGCUUCCGGCCAAAGUGGAUCUAUUUCCCGUUCUGCCCCUGGUAUUAUUGUUUCUUUUUUUCUGUCGGUCUGUGUUGCUGUUCGCGUGGGACUGUAGCUGAAGUGUCCUUUGCGCGGUGAUGUUCAUGUGACCUUUUUCUUUUUUUUUCUUUUUUUUUUUUUGGUUCUCCGGUGAUGUAAAGUCAUUUUAGGCUGAAUAUAUUUUUUGGGAUUUUUACAUAUAGAUCCCCAAAUUCUAUAAUUUAUAGAUAACGGCUCUCAAACCCUUAAUUUACUCCCCGUGGACUUUGUUUCUCUCGUUGGAAGGCGUUACAAGAAAGGCACCACCCUGCAACUUUAAGAGUUGAAGGCCUUCUUCUCGUCUUUUCCAUCCUUAGAUUGCUAUAAUCCCUAUACCCGUAUCUCAUUAGUGAUCUAAAGCUUCGAUCUUUGGGUGCAAUCAUGCAAUCAUUCUUCAGCCGAUUUUAUUAGCAACUGGACCUUAGCGAUCUAAGAUUAAGAGCCCGCUUAACGAGUUGCUACUAGUUCAAGAAUCCCUCAAUCGCCUCUAAAAGAGAUUUGAAAAUCUUGUUCAUGCUCAGGUACUAUUGCCAGACCAAUGGGUUGUGUGCCAUCGCUAUGUUGAGCACACCUAGCCGGAGUUCAAUUCAAUCCAUGAGAAUUUAAGGCUUUCGACUCUUAGAGCAGCGGUGCGGUACCUUUCUUCUAAAACCUUCCGAUCGAGAGAUAGACGAGUCCGUGGGAGUAAAUUAAUAUUUUGGGAGCCUUUGCCUAUAAAUUAUAGAAUUUGGAGACCUUUAUAUGUAAAAGCUUCUAUAUAUAUAUUUUUCCCCUUUGAACGAAAAAAAUAUAUUCAGUCUAAAAUGACUAUAUCAGUUAUGAAUUUGAUGCUUGUUGUCUUAAAUUUUAAAUUUUAGAAUUUUCCUAUCAUAUCAUAUGAUGAAAUGCGCA